AUGACGGGUGCAGUUCAUUUUGUUUUACAGAAGACAGUCCAUACUAUGAAAAGUUUAAUUGACAGUGAUGGAAAAUGGAAAUGGAUAUCAUUGAUAUUUGCUGUUUCAACAUUAUUUUUCCUGCUUAUGAAUAUUAGUCUACUAGUUAUAGUAUUGAGAGGUUCGCAUAGAUCAUCAUCCGAUUCAGAGAGUAUUAUUGCAGAUAUAGAUAUUAGAAAUUUAGACGACAAAGAUGAUGUCUUCUCUCAAUUAACCUUCGAGGAGAUUGAUUUAGUACUUAAAUAUUUAUAUUCAAUUGAAAGCUUACGCUUAACAAUGCCAAAUGAAACGAAAAUUGAAAGUAGUUUUAUACAUACAAUAGAACUGCUUUCUCCACCAAAGAAGGAAGUCAUGGAGUAUCUGCAAAACAACGGCAGUAAGCCCAACCGUAGAGCCAAGGUAUAUAUCUUCCGGGGAGAUAUCAGUCCACCAAUGAUUGAGGAAUACGUUGUUGGCGACUUACCAAAUAUUUCAUAUGGCCGUAUUUCUAAUAUUUCGUCAAGACAUACAAGAAUUCCACACAUUUAUAGACCAUUUUCAACUUAUGAAUUCAUGGGUAUUUAUAAACAUGUAAUAGCUCGAAUAGGAAAGGAAGCAAGACAUGUUUUAUUAGAAAGCUAUAAUGCCACUACAACAAAUUGUGGAAACCAGUGUUUAAGAUUUUCCAUGACACCUAUUUCGAGUGGCUAUCUACAAGAGGGGAAAAGAAAAGCCUGGUUUUGGUUUGCUUAUGACGUAGAAUUUUUCACUUUGCAUCCCGUUGAUUUCCAGUUCUUAGUUGAUAUGACAAGCAGUCAGUCUUCAGACUGGUCCAUUGAACAAAUUUGGUAUGCUAAUAAAUUGUUUCCAUCGUUAGACAAUUUCCUCGAUGAAUACAAGUGCGGAAUUAUAAACAAAACGCGACUAAAAUUUCCCGAGGAGGCAACAAACUUGUAUAGUAGUUUGAAUACAAGACAACCUCCAUUGUCACCUUUAAAGAGAAGAGCUCCUAUUCAGAUUGAACCAGACGGUCGUCGCUUUUCCACUGCGGGAAAUACUGUAUCCUACAUGAGCUGGAAAAUUCGACAUAGAAUGUCACCUACGAACGGGUUUCAAUUGUUUGACAUUUCUUUUGAUAAUGAAAUGAUCGUUUAUGAAAUGAGUCUGCAAGAAGUUAUUGUAAUAUAUUCUGGUUAUACACCGUCGGCAAGAAUGCUUCAUUAUGCAGAUGGCGCCGGACUUUUUGGAACACGUCAUCGCGGCUUACUUCCUGGAACUGACUGCCCUGAUAAUGCCAAAUUCAUUGACGUUUAUCUUUACUCAUCAAAUGAAAAUGGCAAAAGAACAUACGAAAAUUCUGUAUGUAUUUUCGAACAUAACAACAACUCGCCUUUACGAAGACAUCGUGCCUAUGGAAGGUCAGGAGCUUUUUAUGGUGGCCUUUUAGACUCGGUGCUGGUUAUCCGCACAAUAAUGUCAGUAAUCAACUACGAUUAUGUGAUUGACUACAUUUUCCAUCAAAAUGGAAUUGUUGAAACCAAAGUUUCAUUAACUGGAUACCUAAGUACAUCUUUCUACUUUGCAGAGGAAGAACAUUACGGAGGUCAUCUCCAAAAACAUAUACAAGCUGGCUUGCAUAAUCACCUUUUUAAUUUUAAAGUAGAUUUAGAUGUUAAAGGGACAGAUAAUAGAUUCGAAACACUAGAUAUCAAACCAGAGUUUAAGCAAGAUCCGUGGAACAGUAGAGACCAUCAUCAAUCAAAAUACGAAAAACACACAAGAUACACUGAACAAGAUGCUCAGUACACAUAUAACUUUGAAACCCCUAAAUAUCUCUUGAUUUCUAAUCAUAACAAAUCAACAGAAGAAGGCCUAUCGAGAUCUUAUAGAAUUAAAUUAAGUGGAAUUUCAAAAAUGCAGCUGCCGUCUAAUUACGGGUUUGCGAAAUCUAUUUCAUGGUCUAGACAUCAAGUCACUGUUACGAAGAGGAAAGAUGAAGAGGACACUAGCAGUUCAAUAUUUGCAAUGUGGGAUGCAAAUGAUCCAGUGGUCAACUUUAAAAACUAUUCGGAGGAUAACGAAAAUAUCAUUGACGAGGAUCUUGUUGCUUGGAUAACACUAGGCACUCAACACAUACCGCACAAAGAGAACAUGCCAAACACCUUGGCAGCAGGGUCGCAGCUAUCAUUUUAUCUGAUUCCUUACAAUUACUUUGACGAGGAUCCUUCCAUGAGGUCUCCUGACUCUGUGCGAAUCGUCCCAAAAGAUCCAAAACGCCCAACAGAGGGAGCAAUUGUCGAAAGGGGGAGUGGUUAUGAAAGAACAGUUUGUAUUCCGACUAAGAGUAAAAUUGAUGAGUUCUUGGCAAAAAACAGUACUUUUAUUUUUACUUAAUGAAUAUCAGUCAAAUAUAUUAGAAUAUUGAAGUUUGGUGCCGUGUAAUACAUUUUACACUAACUAUAGAGAAAUGACGUGACGUAGAUAAGAUGGAAUCAUGAGUUCUUCAAUCAUGCAACAGACAAAGUUACAGUCAUGACUUUUGAAAUUGUUCAGGGAAAUAGUGAAAUAGAAGCGAGUAUACUUUUAAUAAAAUUACAAUGACAAAAUAAAAUGUACGAUGCAUUCCAAUUAAUCGGAAAUUUGUUGUUGUUAUUAUGUUUUGAAUUACUUGUUUCUUCAAAAAGCAGCUUAUUGUUACAUGUAAAAUAUUGUAAAUAAUGGUCUAGACAUUUGUUAAUAUAUUUAUUUAUAAGACAACUGGCAUUGCAUAUGCGGGAUUUCCAUAAUCAUUAAUGUAUAUACGACUUUAUAUGUAACCAGUUUACAGAAUAGAAAAUGUUAUAAACACAAGUUAAACUGACAUAUUUUGAAAUAAUGAUAUUUUUUUACACAUUUUUUUAUGUUUUUGUCUUUGAAAGAAGACUUUAAGUCUUUUGUAAAUUAACUGGAAAUUUUGCAACCUUCUAUCUCAUAAGUGCAUAAGUAAUACCUUCUCUGCACCUGUUAAUUAUGAAUAUUUUAGUCUAAAAUUUGGAAAAAUGUAUUGUUAUUGUAAGGUCUGAAAGGAAUAUUUAAAGGGUACGUUUUCAAUACAUUAUAUGUACUAUUUUAGGGUAAUAAAUUGUAUAAUCGUAAUUGUAAGUAAUCGUUAUUUCACAACUUAUAUGUGUACAAGUGUAUUGUUUAUAUUAUUAACCAUGUGAAUGUAGACAAACCUCAUCUAUUUGUGAUAUAUUUGAAAUGGUUGUGAUUACUGUAAUGCGAUUUUAGGAAUAUAUUUCAUUUCUACUCAGUAUCACCGAUCCUUAAUUCUUAAGACGUUAAUUAUUGUUUUUGAUUUCUUCAUUUGUCAUUCGGAAUAAGUUAACAAGUCAUCCUUUUACACUCCCACGCCACUUUGUUGGUCUCGUCGUGGGUUCUACCCCUAGCUGGUUGUGUGUUCUAUCCCCAGCAGAUUGUUGGUUCUGUCCCAGAUUGCCGUGGGUUUUUUUCCCGGCUGGGUCAAUUAAAAGACUUUAGAAUUGGCAUUCGCUGCUUCUUCGCCAUUUGAUUUGAACACAUUUAACCCUCAGACAUCAACAGAAACAUUAUCUAAGUCAAUGUAACCGUGUUAGUUGUGUACUGUAUCAAAUAUAUCAACUUAAUGCGAUUGUCUCAAAACAGUAAUUGAAAUAUGUUUGUAAUUCGGAGAUAAAUUCCAUUGCAUAUUCAUAGCCAUAGGUGUAAAAGAAUGUUAAACAGUUUUGAAGAUAAGUGUACUUGUACUAGAUGUAUUUUAUAUUAUAUAACCUCAUAUCUGAUCAGACAUUUAUUUCAAAUCGGUGUAUUUUAGAUGAUAGUUUUUUAUUCAAGUUGAUAAAGUACAUAAAUUACAUUUGUAUAUACAUGUGUACUUGUAGUUUCUAAUCGGUUACCAACUGAAUAAAAAGACGAAGGUAUAUGUAUAUAAACCUGAGUUCAACAUUCCAGAAAGAUAGAGCUGUGUUAUAUUUACAUAAUAUUGUAAUUCUUGUAUAAUGUGUGUAAUAGUUUGAGAUUUUUUUAGUGUUAGGUUUUGCUUCAAUGUGAAAAAUAGUUAUAAGCAACUUUGAAUUUUCAAAUGAAUCAAUUUUAAUCAGGGUUGUUAAUUUAACAAGCGACUAAGAGUCUUCCACUUAAAUUCAGGCCUUGAAAGGAUAAACUUUUUAUGUAAUUUCACCUUUCAUUUCAGACAAACAUUACUAUUUUAGAAAGUUUCAAUGACUAAAAAAAUUGAAAAAAAGAAACAAAUAUUUUUUCUGAAACAUAUAAUAUAAUCAUUUAUGUAGUUAACAGACAAACGGAGAUAAUUCAAUCAUGAAUAAACGAAAAAUCAGAACAUACUACCAAAUAAUCAGCCCAAGAGAAAAAAAAAUUGAAAACACGUACAAUUUGAUUUUUCUAUAACAUGGAAUAAGUUGGCAUGUUUACAAAACAUUUUUACGUUUUAUAACUCAUGGGGGAAAUUCCAGUGUUUCCCAAAUUUUGAUUUCUAGAAACAAAUUUCAACAACGUAUACACUCGAUGCAACACACAACAAAAACCGGCUGCUAAAUUACUGCGCAUCACAUAAAAAUAGUGAUAUUAAAAGUUUGUACCAACAAAAUAUAUUGAUAAAAAUAUAGUUUUUCAUUUCUAACAUUUAGUCAAGUUAAUUUCUUGUCAUUAUUCUAAGAAUCUAAUACCUACCACGAAACUAAAACUUUUAACUUAUGAAAUUGUUCAUCUCUCGAGUUCAUUUUAAAUCCAUUCAGAACAUUUAAGGAAUUAUUGGAAAAAUUUUUGGUAUUUUAUUUGAGACAAGAAGCAAUGUACGUUUUUAUUAAUGAUAUGAAUACAAGAGUGAUAUACAAUCAUUGUACGACACUUAAACUAUUUGUAAACAAACAAAUUUGGAUUGAUUUUCAUCCAUUUGUCUUUAUCUCAAAAUAAAAUAAUAGAAUUCAUGCUUUUUAAUACUCUAGUACAUUAUAUUUGUUUGCCUGCAUAUCUUCACAACAUAGAAGCUUGUUUUGAUAGCGAUAUUUAUUGUUUGUUAAGAAAAUAAAUUUAGCAGAAAGACUUUAUUUCAUAUUGUUUAAAUGCCUUUAUAACUUACCAAAUAAAGAGUGUGUUGGACCUU